UUUUUUCUUUUUUUUUUACUUUUUACUUUUUAAUCUUACUGUUUUGAUUAGACACUCGCUAUUUAAGUAUUCUUUUUCUUAGGAAAAAGACGAGAUCUUUUUUGUUGGCUCUCAUUUCUUGUAAACACCCUUCUUAUUCUCUCUUCCAAUGAAGGACACUGAUUUCAUGCUACAAUACUUGGGUGACAAUAAUGACGGCCAGGCUGAUUUGUUUGACAAGAAUGCAUUCUCUGAUCUUUUACAGCAACUUCAACCAUCUCCUGCUUCUGCUGGUCCAGGUUUUAGUAAUUUCCCUUCGCCUACAUUGUCCGCUGAUUCCAACCAAGACGAUAUGGCCCAUCUAUUGGAUCCCCAAUUCUUGCAGCAUUUGUCCUCUUCUGAACAUUUUCAGUCCUCAAGUGGUUUAGACCAAUUUGUUCAAUUUGAAGAAGAAAACAUAUCUCAAAAAGAAGAAGAAAAGGAACAAGAAGACAAGUCUGAGUUAUCAAAAAAGAACAAGACUUACAAACCAAACCGUCCCCCACGUCAGUUGGAGUGCUAUAACUGUCAUGUUACCAAAACUCCCUUAUGGCGUCGUACUCCAGACCGUGCUCAUUCUCUUUGCAAUGCCUGUGGACUGUAUUACAAACAAUACAAUACACAUCGACCUCUUCAUAUUCGUCAGAAACAUCAGUCCAAUCAAACCAAACAGGCUAUCAACAUCACUGCUGCUUGUGUCGCUGCUGCAGCUACACUUAACACAGCUCCUUCUUCUCCUCAACAAAAUGAAAUUGCAUCAAGUCAAUAUCAAGAACAAAAUGAAGAACAAAGUGCUCGUUGUCAACGCUGCUAUCAAGUAGCUGCUACAAACGAUGCUGGUGAAAUCGUUUGUAACACUUGUCGGUUGUUUACUAAUCUGUCUAUGGUUGGUCAAAAAAGAAACUCUACUGAUGCUAUUCUAAUUGAAGAAGACGAGCAAGAAGAUGAGUCGCGCAAAAUGCGAUGUUUAUUUCAACAACAGCAACAACAAGUGUUUCCUUCCAUUGUGAUGCCCAAUUCUGAAACAGUGCCUCCUACUGCUCACCCACAAAGGGAAGAAAAUGCUGGCCAACAAGACGAUACAAGAUUCAAGUCUCUCAUUGCUCGUAUGUCAAUUCAGCAAAUGGAAGGCUUCUUGACUAUGUUGGAGAGACGAUGUGAUAUUCUUCGUUCUAUUAUUCAUAACGAAGGUAGCAGUGAAAACAGUAUAAUUAUUUCUUGAUAUGUUUAUUCUUUUCUUAUAUGUACAAUAAUACCCCUUUAAACUUGCUCAUGUUGACAUGAAAAAAUAAAAAAGACCUGUGAUACAGCACAUAAA